CCGUGACGGCCAACAUGGCGCCCAAGGUCCACGAGGAAGUCCUGGUCUGCAAGGUCCACGUGGUGCUCAGGGACCAAUGGGCCAUCCUGGUCCUAAAAGUGGUGGUGUCAAGUACAUACGCUGGGGGAGGACCUCGUGUCCUUCUGGUGCUAACCUCGUCUACAAAGGUCGUGUAGGAGGAGAGCGUUACACCCAUAUAGGAGGAGGUUCAAACUAUGUAUGCCUGACCGAGGCACCAAAAUAUGCGAGCUACACAAGUGUCCUCAAAAAGUAUUCAGCAUUCAUGUAUGGAUCUGAGUACCAGGUUCAUUCCACUGAACAUUCCAACCCGUUCAACAACAAAAACCUUCACGAUCACGAUGUCCCUUGUGCUGUAUGCUUUGUUCCAAACCGCAACACUGAACUGAUGAUCCCGGCAACAUACGAUUGUCCCACAGGAUGGUCCAAAGAGUACUGGGGAUAUCUUAUGUCGGAAUAUUACAAUCACGCUAAUCAGAGAAAUUAUAUUUGCGUUGAUCAAGAUGCUGAGCCUGUCAAAGGAACGAUCCACAAUCAUGACGGCGCGUUGUUGUACGGUGUCCAAGGAAGGUGUGGCUCUCUGCCUUGYCUUCCUUACGURGAAGGACGGGAACUGACAUGCGUWGUGUGUACCAAGUAAAAUCGUGACAUGCRCAAUACGCCAAGAUAUAUAUGUUCAUGAUCCAUCAGUUUAACGCAAUAUAUAUUGUAAAAGAAUAAGUAAAUAAAACGCAGAAAAUGAAAUUAAAGAGUUAAAGUGAUUA